GACGCAGGACCUAGUAAUAUUACUUUUCUCUAUGCGCAGGACGCAUGCCAGUAUUACUUUUCUCUAUGACGCAUGCCUGUCUUUGUUUAAUUUGUUUGAAUCGAAUUUGUAUAUUUGCAAAUUUUUAUGUACUACCCAAUACACAAAAACAGAAUAUAAAAUGGGUAAAGAAGACGUAUCGGCAAAAAAGCGACGUAAAAUCAAUUCUAGCUCAUCUACAAGCGAAGUCAACAAACAGGGACCAGCCGAUAUAUACAAGCGAGUAGUUGAAUUUGAAGAGACCGAAGCUCAGCUACGUUCUGCUGAAAAGGAUGCUACUUUAUUUAAAAAGAUUUGUCAGGAUGUCCGUCAAAUGUUUUCUGAUAUCGUCGAACUAAAAUCUAAAGAUUCUGAUGAGGCCAAAGAAAAGAUAAACAGUAAAAGAGUGGAAGCAUCAUUGCUUUUAGUUGCUCUGAAAAAACUGAAUAGGUUGGAAAAAGUUCGCACUAGAGCAGGCAGGGAUGCUUUACACAAGGAAAAACAGCAAGUGGAUUCCACUCACUUACUUCUGCAAAAUCUGCUUUAUGAAGCUGACCAUCUCAACAAGGAAGUGACUAAAUGUCUACAAUUCAAAUCAAAAGAUGAAGAGAUAGAACUUGUUCCUCUUGAAGAUUUUUAUAAGGAUGCUCCUAAAGAAGUAUCUCGCCCUGAAAUCACAAAAAUUGAUGAACAUCAGCUACAACUUGCAAGACUAGAGUGGGAAUUACGGCAAAGACGUGAGCUGGCUGGAGCCUGCAAUCAAUUGGUUGCAUCAAAAGAGAGAGUAGCUGCUGCUAUAGCUGCAGCAAGAUCUAGACUAGAUGCUUUGUCUCCCCACCUGCGAGAUGUUCUCAAAGCAACAAAACCACUUCAGGAAUGCUUAGCUAUGAGGCUGGAUGAAAAACGAGAGGAAUCAAAAGCUGCUUCAUUGCUGCCCUCACCACUUUUUCUUUUAUAUGCAAAUUCUAGUGCAUAUUCUGAUGCACUAGGUGAAAAAACUGUCACAGUUGCAAUAUCAGGUGAUGAAGAUGAAGCUCGAAGAUUAGAACAACAAAGCAGUGUAGAAAGUGACUUAAUUGUUUCAAAUGACUCUGAUUCAGAUCAAGAGAAUAACGAUGAAGAGCAAAGAGAAAAGAAAAAGCGGCAUCACAGAACUUCGAAAGUCUCUAAAGAAGAAAAAGCAGAAGCAAAGAAAAAGGAAGUAUUUAGAAAACACCCCCUUAAUGUACAAAUAACAGUAAAAGUGCAAGAUGGUACUGCAUUAAAUUUAAUAUUUUCUUACCUAUUAAAUCUCAAAAUAAUUACAGUUAAAUUCACAGUCUCAUUACCAAAACCCGUUACUGGUGUGUCAGCAGCUGAUGUUUUAAAUGGCAAUUGUAUUUUACAUGAACUUUAUUCAUCUGAUAAUGGUAACGACUCACCACACCCAGCUACUGCUUAUCUACUCAAAGCUGCAGGGAUACCUGAGGGCUUUCAAUAUUUUAUUUCUGAAGUUGGGAAGCCUUAUAUAUGGGCUCAAAGAAUGUGUGGUUUAGAUUUCAUGGCAACUGUUAUUGACGAUCAGAAAAAUAACAAGUUAUUGCAACCUUGCCCAACUCUUAGUGUGACAACUGUGGAACAUUUUAUUUUAACUCUGAGAAAAAGACUGAAGUCAAGAGUAGAACUGAUGAAGGAAUUACAAGAUCUAGAGACUGGUAAAAUAUCACCGUUGGAUGGGAAUUCUUGGCCCAUAAGAUUAUCUGGUUCCUUAACACAAUGGCAAUCUGUUGGUUGGCCUGAGUACAUUCAAUCACCUUCUACAACAUUUUUGAUAUCAGAGGGAUUAGUAACACAAAAUGAUUUGCUGUACAGAGCUAUAAUAACUAGGCAGUCUGCAAAAUUGGUAGCACUAGUAGCCCUCAAAAGUGAUUAUCCAAAAAAGGCCCCCAUAUUUUCAUUGACUCUGCAUUGGAAUGGGACUCACCAUUCUAGUAUAAAUGACGAUAUCCGAGAUAUUGAAAGAGUUAUUAAUACAGAUUGGUGUUUAGAAGAUAAUAAACAACCCAAACUCUCUAUACAAAUGACAAAACUAUUGACGUAUAUGGAUAUAUUAUUAGAAACUUCUGGAUCAUCAGAGUUUCCACCAGACAAAGUAAUGUUCAGUCCAGUAAGAGGACGAAACAGAAUUAAACCUUACAAAUUUUUGAAACAAGGCACUGGUGUAUUUGUCCAAUUUUGAAAAUUAAUAAAUCUGUUUUUUUAUUAUUUUGCCUUGUUUCUAUUUUAUUUCUUUUUAAAAUAUGUAUAGGAAAGUAAGACUAUAAAUAAUGACUACUCU